UUCAAAACACAAAAGUUUGUCACGUGAUAAAAUUAAGCACAUUUCCUUUUCUCGUCACCACCAUAAAGACGAAGAUGACUGCCCCAUCAACGCCAGCAGUUGUGCAAAAAGCUGUUGUUAAACAGGUGUUAUCAGGUGAUACAGUAGUGUUAAGAGGUCAGCCUAAAGGUGGUCCACCACCUGAACGGACUGUUUGCCUUUCAAAUAUAACAGCUCCUAAAUUAGCAAGAAGAGCCAAUCCCAAUGUUGAAAGUUCAACAGAGACUAAAGAUGAACCAUGGGCAUGGGAGGCUCGUGAGUAUCUUCGCAAAAAACUAGUGGGCAAGGAAGUUGUUUUCACUGUUGAAUAUAAAGUUCCAGGAACUGGCAGGGAAUAUGGGGUUAUCUAUCUUGGAAAAGAUACCAAUGGAGAGAAUGUCACAGAAUCUUUGAUUGCAGAGGGUUUAGUUGAUGUUAGGAAAACUGGAUUGAAAAAUGACGACCCAGCCCAGCAAAGGUUAGCACAGCUUGAAGAAGCAGCUCGGGCAGCCGGCAAAGGCAAGCAUGCAGAGGGUGAAGCAUCUAAGCACGUACGAGACAUCAAGUGGGUCAUUGAUAAUCCACGUCAUUUUGUUGAUUCCCACCACAAUAAGCCAAUAGAUGCUGUUAUUGAGCAUGUUAGAGAUGGCUGCACUGUGAGGGCCUUCCUGUUACCCACAUUUGAAUAUGUCACUGUCAUGUUGGCUGGGAUCAAGUGUCCCAUGAACAAGCAAGAUGCUGAUGGAAAACAAGUUCCAGAACCUUUCAUGGAAGAAGCUAAAUUUUUCACAGAGUCUCGGUUGCUUCAGAAGGAUGUGAAAAUUAUUUUGGAAGGUGUCUCAAAUCAAAAUUUACUCGGAACUGUCAUGCACCCAAAUGGCAACAUUACAGAGUUUUUAUUAAAAGAAGGUUUUGCUCGCUGUGUAGACUGGUCUAUGGGGGUUGUUACUCAGGGUGCUGAUAAACUUAGAGCUGCUGAAAAAAUAGCCAAAGAUAAAAAGCUGAGGAUAUGGAAAGACUAUAAGCCUUCUGAAUCCUCUGUCAAUAUUAAAGACAAGUCAUUUAGCGGAAAGGUUGUUGAAGUUGUAAAUGGAGAUGGCCUUGUGGUAAAAUUAGAAAACAGCUUCAAAAAAAUAUUUCUUGCCAGCAUUAGACCACCUAGGCAAGCUGAAUCACAAGGGGACGCUCCAGUAAAAGAAAACAGUAAUAAGAGAGCAAGACCUCUGUAUGACAUUCCUUACAUGUUUGAAGCUCGAGAAUUCCUUAGGAAAAAACUGAUUGGGAAGAAGGUGAAUGUUGAAGUUGAUUACAUUCAACCACCAAAUCAAGGAUUUGCUGAAAAAACCUGUUGUACUGUUACCAUAGGAGGAAUCAAUGUUGCGGAGGCGCUUGUCAGCAAAGGUCUGGCUACAGUGAUUCGAUAUCGUCAGGAUGAUGACCAGAGGUCCUCACACUAUGAUGAACUGUUGGCUGCUGAAGCAAGGGCUGUUAAGAAAGGAGUGGGGCUACACAGUAAGAAAGAAGCUCCGAUCCACAGGGUAGCUGAUGUUUCAGGGGAUGUUCCAAAAGCCAAACAGUUUUUACCAUUUUUACAACGAGCUGGAAAAUCAGAAGCUGUUGUUGAAUUUAUUGCUAGUGGAUCUAGGUUAAGAUUGUAUCUACCCAAGGAAACCUGCCUCAUCACAUUACUUAUCUCAGGAAUUGAGUGUCCUAAAGGAGCCAGAGGUCUUCCAAGUGGUCAGAAUAUUCAGGCUGAACCAUUUGGUGAGGAGGCCUUGUUGUUUACCAAAGAAAUGUGUCUUCAAAGAGAGGUGGAAGUAGAAGUUGAAGGCAUUGACAAAGGUGGCAACUUUAUAGGCUGGUUGUAUGUUGAUGGGGUCAAUUUGUCUGUUGCUUUGGUAGAAGCUGGUCUUGCCAAGGUCCAUUUCACUGCAGAAAAAAGCUCUUGCUACAAAACUUUACUGGAGAAAGAAGCCAAGGCUAAAGAAGAAAAAUUAAAAAUAUGGGCAGAUUAUGUGGAAGAAAAAGAAGUGAAAAUAGAAGAGGAGCCAGCAGAAAGAAAGAUCAGCUAUAGGAAAGUUAUUGUCACAGAAGUCACAAAUGAACUUACUUUUUACGUUCAGAAUGUUGAUAAUGGGUCUUUGCUUGAGAAGCUGAUGGAUGAUUUGAGACAAGAGAUGGAAUCAAACCCACCACUACCUGGAUCCUAUGUGGCUAAAAAGGGAGAUCUGUGCACUGCCCGCUUUUCAGAUGAUAACCAGUGGUACAGAGCUAAAAUUGAAAAAAUAGAAGGCAGUACCGCAACAGUACUUUUUAUUGAUUAUGGAAAUAGAGAGAAGACCCCAGUUUCUGGUUUGUGUGCAUUACCAUCAAACUUCAGGACAUUACCUCCACAAGCCACUGAGUAUUCUCUAGCAUGUGUCACUGUUCCCAAUGAUGAAGAAGCCAAGCAAGAUGCAGUUGAUGCUCUCUACAAUGACAUAAUAAACAAGACAAUGCUGUUGAACAUUGAGUAUCGUGGAAGCCCAGAUUUUGUGUCAUUGAAACACUCAGACACAGAAGAUGAUGUGGCCACAGGGUUGGUGACUGAGGGUUACAUGACAGUUGAAGCACGCAAAGAGAAGAGACUCUCCAAGUUGGUUUCUGAGUACCAGAAGGCCCAGGAGGAAGCUAAAAGAUUGAGGAAAAACCUGUGGCGUUACGGAGAUUUCCGAGAAGAUGAAGCCAGAGAGUUUGGGUAUACCCGCUAGUGGUGGGAAAAAUCUAUGCUAACACGAGUUCAUUCUAGUUUUCUAAUUUGUCUGUGUUGUUGCUAGUUCAUUAUGCAGUCAGUUCAACACCAUUCAGCAAUUUGUACAACCACACUGCCAGCUCCCCAUGGAAAUCAGUUGAUGGGCUGUGUACUGAGCUUAGAACAAUGUAGACUGAUGUCUCCUACACAAGUACUCGCUAGGCAUUUUAAUUAAUUUAUAAUAGAGCCAUCUUCCUACUCUAUUACUUUAAAUAGAGCAAUGCAGUCAGAAAAUCUUUAUUUAUUCAUGUAUCCCUAUUGUCCUCCCUACGGAGGUUUCCUCCAGUGUAAGACCUUUUUGGUUGUUUGCCCAGGACAUAAAUUUGGUGAGGAGUGUAACCUUUGACAUUGUUUAUGUUGACUCAAAGGAAUGCAGCAUUGUUGUUAAGUUUUCUUGUGCAAAUGUGUAGAAAGUUUGUUCCAAUCAACUUACUUUAUGGAUCUCUUGCUGAAACCUAUUGACAUGUUUUCUGACUGUAUUCUGCACUCAAAUGGUUAAGGGAAUCAAAAGUUUUAGCACAGCUAACUAACGAGAGCAUGCAUUUUUCAUGUUUUAUCUUUAAGUAUACAUGCAACUGUGAGAUGUUUUAAUUGUAAAAAAAUAUUGCAUUUAGAUUUUUCUUUUGACAGGAUCAAAAAUAAAUACACUUGUUUUGCCAAAUAAAUCUGUGCUGAAACUAAA